GUAGAUAGGUGUAAAAGAAGCCAGCCAAACCGGGGAAGUCAUUUUGAGUUCAAGAUGGCUGCGAAUUAGAUUUUGCCAUGGUUAUCAAUCCCUUCCCGCGAGCCGACCGUUGAAGGGAUGGAUCAUGGAUUGCACACCCUGAUUGCAUGCGACAGAGCGACAGAAAGACGGCUUCGGGUUUGGGGGCUUUGUCAGAUGCCGAAUCGAGGUUGUUCGUUUCUUUCCGCUUGCACGAUCUUUGCCUUCCCUUCCCUUCCCUUCCCUUCCCCACUGGGGCACAGAUUCUCGGGGCGUGCACAUGGCACUCUGGAGGGCAUCGUGCUAUCGUGCUGGAGGGGCAUCGUGGUGGCAUCGCCUCGAUCCCGAAUGAGGGUUCGCAUGUUCUGGAGUCUGGACAGAGUGAUCAUCGCUGCGGAGCGCGUUGGAGGCUCCCUGCCGAUUGCACGCUGCUGCGUCCCAAGGUCCCCAAGGCCCCACCCAGCGUGCCAUCCCCGUCGACCGUCGACGGCUCCCUGCCCGCUCCCCUCCCUCCUGGCAUGCGCCGACACUGGCACUGGCGUGGCUCUGGAGUCUGGCUCUGGCGCUGGCGCUGGCUCUGGCUCUGGCAGCGCAUCCCCCGGCCGUGCUGCUCUCGUCCGGCUCCACCACACCACACCACCCGCGAGACCACCUCCAUCCAGCCUCCAGGGCGCCAGGGCUCCAGCAGUAGUCCAGGGAUCCUGAUACUGCUCAGAGCUCUGUUCCGCCUUGCUGCAGCUAGAGCGCAAGUGCAAUUAGCGUGGCGCUAGCCCCAUCAGUUUAUCACUCUUAAUCGAGCGCCCCAGCCAAUCAGCGCGCGCGCCCCGUGCUUCCUUUCAACGCAUCGAUGGGACCAGUACAGUCCCCCCCCAUCAUUAUUCACCCACCUGUUCCAUCUCAAGAAAACCCUCCGAGAGAGCCAGUCCUCCUGCACUCCCGGUGCAAGACCUCUUCCCGACACUCCUUGGAAUAUAUCCUCACGUCGACAGCAUCUCGAGUCGCCCCGAGUCCACGUCCCCGCUUCCCCCCUCCCGAACGGAACGGACCAGACGCACAGCUUGCGACCGAGUGCAGCUCCUCCCUUCAACUCCAAAAUC